GUUUCCAGAUGUCACUACAUAUGUGCCUUUAAGAUUUGUCCAGAUUCGUUAUUAAUCAGGUUAAGUGCGUGACUAAAUUGCGUUUGAUUCUGAAAAAAUUUAUUGUUAUAAUUCUAUUUAAUUUUAUACGGUGAAUAAAACGAAAAAAUGACAGAGCAUGGUAUACAAAGUGAAAGUGAUGAAGGAGAAAUUAAAUCUGAUUUUGGAGAAAAUCUAGAUGAAGAAUUGCAAUCUUUACCGCAUGCAUUACAACUUAUACGUAAAAUGCGUGAGCAUAUUAAGUGGCAACGUAAAAAGAUAAGAAAAUUACGUAAUAAAUUACAAGAACAGAAAAAUCGAACGAGGAAUAAAAGUUUCAUAGAGUAUGGUACUCAAACAGAUCCUUUAGAAUGUGAAAAUAAAUAUCUAAUACAAAAUUGGGAUCUAAGUAACAAUAAAAAAUCAAAUAGUUUAAUCGAACAAGUAAAACAAGUAGCAGAAUCUGCAUUAUUGCAAACUGGUUUUGUAUAUGAGGAAACAUCAGGAUUAUAUUAUGAUUAUAAUACAGGAUAUUAUUAUGAUGCUAAACAAGGACUUUAUUAUGAUGGGAAUAAUGGAACGUAUUAUUAUUACGACGAAAGCAGUAAAACAUAUAAGUUCCACAGCCAUGCGCACACAGUUGUCAACAAUAUUGCACAUUCCCAAGAAACUAAAAAGGAAAAAACAUCAGAUGGCAAAAAGGCAAACAAGGAUACGGUGAAAAAACGCAAACUCGCUCAAGAUGGAGAGAGCUUAAAAGAAGAUGAGCCCGAAGAGGGUGAAUGCUCGGACAGCGAUAGCGAACAGAGCUCUUAUAACGUUACACCAGAAUUGUCCACAAAUAGUGAGACUGAGAAUGAGGAGGAACAAGAUAUUGCAAAAACAUAUCCACCAUGUAUGAGAAUAAUAGUGAAAGAAACAAACCUUCCAAAAUUAAAAGUUGGCUCACUUUUCCUUGUAGCAUACACCGGUGGUUCAAUGGGUAAAGAAGGAGAUCAUUCUGUCAUAAUACCAGAUAUAAAUGUCAGUAAGCAUCACGCACGAUUCCUCUACAACGAGACAACAAAUUCUUAUUGGAUAGUAGAUUCAGGUUCGAGGAAUGGUACAUAUUUAAAUGGAAAAAGAUUAUCUGUAGCUAAACAAGAAUCCGAAUCGUACGAGAUAAUACAUGGUUCGAUCAUUCAAGUGGGCGGUACAAAAUUGUUGUGUCAUAUACAUAACGGGAAUGAAACUUGCGGUCAUUGUGAGCCGGGAUUGGUACAGCACAAUGUAAACACAGAAGAGAAUGUAUUCUCCAGAAGGAAUCUUCAUAAACAAGAACUGAGAAGGUUAAAGACAAAAUUCGGCGUAGAAAAAGAUAACGUUGCUUCUGCCAGUCAAUUGGCAAGUGGUUAUCGGGAUAGAGCUCAAGCUCGUAGACAGUGUGUUGGUUCUUCAAAUCAUCAUGCCAAGACAGAACAAAGUUCGAUCGAUACAUCGAUAACAAAAGAUAAUCGAGGAUUUAAAUUACUAUCUAAAAUGGGAUGGUCCGAAGGUCGUUCUCUAGGAAAGGAUGGCGAUGGUAGAACCGAACCGGUGGAGAUGCGACCGCGGAAAAGAGAAAUAAAGAGGAUGCGACGGGACGAAAAAUGACAAGAGGUAUCGUGCGGUCAAAGUCAAGUCGAGGAGUUCCCGUCGUAGGAUGGAGCAUUCUAUCGUUGCGCGGAUUUUUCGUAUCGUUCGAGUCCUCUUCGAUUGGUAUGGUACGCCGUGACGCGGCCACAGGAGGUUUCCGUUCGGACUGACGCACGGAUUCUCGAGUUUUAGCUAUCCCGAUGAAGCGGCUACGAACGAAUAGACACGGCGAGUACAAUACGUCAUCUAGGUUGGCCUAUCACCGCCAGACGGCUUCCGUCUGGGUAAACACGCAUGCAACAACGUACACACAUCAACGCGACGCGAGUGGAUCGACGUUAGCGCGCGCAGGACGCUCGAGGCUUCACCGACGAGCAUCUAGGGACAUCCAUCACAGGAUUAUCGCACGAGCACGGUGGUAACACGCGUGCUCUCCUCAGGAAGUAUAUGGAACGCUCCCCUGACGUCUCCGAUACGUCUAUGCCUCCUGUACCUGUCUGUCUUCAUCUCUCUCAUAUACAUUCUCUCUCUGUUUCUCUCUUUCUCUCUCUCUGUGUAUUCCCUUGUCCUCUCUCCCUUUACUCGAUCUUCCAUACCGCAUGUUCCCUGUGUCUAUUCUCUCUUGGAGCCUCGUCUGCGCGCAGACGAUCGCGCCGCAUGCUACCUAUACAUGUAUAUGUCUAGUUUAGUCUACGGACUCUCUACACUCUAUAGACAACCAAACACUAAUUAAUUCUCUGCAAACACGACGACUCCACUAAACGAGCAGAAGAUCCCUUUUCUCCUUCUCUUCGAGAUAUACUCCAGUCUCGCCGUUGGUUCGCGUUAAUCUCGCGAAGAUCUCUCGAUAGUAGCUUCGUCUACUGUCUUACUUCUUCCCUCCUUACAUUCCUCUAUCGAAUAAA